UCCGUUCCAACAUAGUGGUUGAUUCUUUUCUCUUCUCUUCUCUCCCUCUCACUCCUGCCCUUUUCCUUUGGCCUCCGGGAUAUUAUCUCACCCAAUCCUGUUGCUCUCUGUGCUGUUUCCAUGUGCCAGGGUUCUCCAACACAGACAACAAGAACGAACCUGUGCCAUAAGACUUGGGGCAGCAGCCUGACCAGGACUCUUCCUCGGCCUAUCUGUACCCACCCCCGCCAGCCGCAUAUUCGAUUGGGCGAUCGUCGGCCGUCCGCCCACAGGCUCUGCGGUCAGCCUGCCAGGCCCGCCCCAUCUCAUCGCCUUUUUCGGGAGCACCCCCCCCCCUCCCCCAAAUCUUUCGUGCCCCGUCCCUCCUUUGCCCGUGGUCCCCUGGCAGCUCUGCUGUCUCCCCAGUCCCAGUCGGUCCCAGUCCAGCCCAGUCCCGUCCCAGACACGUCGAUCCGCUGCACCAGCCUCGACCGUCGACAGACAACCUGCACCUGAACCCGACCUGCACUGCACCUUGGGAAUCCCACCACCCCCCCGACUGCUGUCACCUCUGCUGCCCACCGCCGCCCGCCCACUCUCCCACUUCACGACCGGCUUCAAAACAGCCUUGCUUGUGCGUGCUGUCGUGUCGCUCGGCCAGCGCUGCCUCUCGCCCCAGUCCCCCACCCGCUGAACCGGCCCGGGCAAUUGCAAAUCACACACUCUGGCUGCAGCACGGCUCUCCUGUUAAUCCCCUGGGCCUUACUCUCUCAACCUGGUCCCAACGUCUGUCAGCCACCCGCCGUCCGUUUGAUUCCCGCCGUGCCUUAAUCAUCCGCCCUUCCUUGUUCGGUUUGGACCCAGCCCUGCCAACCCGCAUCCCGUCCUCGUUCGAUAUAAUCCACGGCGAUCACUCACUCCUCGCGCCGCCGACCUCUGCUUCGCCAUUGUGCCGACGAUCCUCCGCGACCGCAUCCCACUGCCCCCGUCGCAUCGACGCGACCCGCCACACGCCCCCCCCCGACCGUCCGCCAUUGGUGUCCGUGUUGGUGACUGCGCCUGCUGCGACAAAAAAAAAGUCGGCCCCGGUCCAUCAAUCGCCAGCUCUGUCUUCCCCUUUCCCUCUUGCAAGAGCCAGCGCAUGCGACUCUGAGAGCUCAGGAUAGGCACAGCGUCAAUACCCACGCCGCGGAGGGUCGAAGAUGAUGGCAAGCAUGCAGGUGCCGCAGAACUUCCCACAUCCUGGUGGCAUGCAGCACCCCGGUGUCCCUCCCGGCCAUCACAUGGCUCCGGGUAUGGCUCAUAAUCCAAGCCAGCCCGGCUCCCAGCCCGGAAUUCCACACCACCUCGCCCAGCAGAUGGCCGUAUCCGGCGCUGGCGGUCAGGUCAACCCAGCCCUCAUGGGCGCCGGAAUGCCUCCCGGUGCAAACGCCCACGCUAUGCAGCAUUUAAACCCAAACGUGCAGCACAUGUUCCCCCAGCAGCCAGUCACCCAGAUGAACUAUGCAGCACAACAGCACAUGCAACAACAGCGCCUCCAGGCAAUCCAGCAGCAGCAGCAGAGACAGAUGAUGGCACAACAGAUGUACGGUGGGGCCCUCCCAACAGGCAUGAUAAUUCCGAACAUCAAUCCUGCACAUAUGGCACAGUACCAAGCGAUGCAGCAGAGGCAGAUGGCUGCUCGUCAGCAGCAGGCGCCAAACCAACAACAACAACAGGCCCUCCUCGCCGCGCAACAGCAGCACUUAAUACAGGCACAACAUCAGCAGCAACAGGCGGCGAACCAGCAGAUGACCCAGGGGCAACACCCCAAUCAGCCCGGCCAGAUCAACCCCCAGAUCAAUAUUGCCCAACUCCAGGCUAUGCAAGCUCACCACGCCCAGCAGGCCCAGCAACAACAACAGGCCCAGCAGCAGCAGCAGGCCCAGCAGCAACAACAGGCCCAGCAGCAGGCCCAGCAGCAGCAGCAGGCCCAGCAGGCCCAGCAGCAGGCCCAGCAACAGGCCCAGCAGCAGCAGCAACAGGCCCAGCAGCAAGCCUCCCAUCAGACUCCUCCCCAGCAGCAGCAGCAACAACAGCAGCCGCAGCCGCAUCAGCAGCAGCAGCAGCAGCAACAGCCGCAACCUCAACCUGGCCCGCCGCAGCCCACACCUCAGCAGCAGAUCGGCCAGGGCGGACCCGCGCAAGCCAACGGCCCUCAGCCAAACCAGGGCCAGCCACAGGGUCCAAACCAGGCACAGCCGACCCAGCAGCAGCAACAGCCGACCCAGCCGACCCAGCAACAGCCUCAGGCGCAGGCCCAAUCAAACCAGCCGCAGGCCGCCCAACUAGUCGCGCAACAUCAGGCUAAUAUGAUGGCUGCUCAGGCUCAGGCUCAGGCGUCGAAGCGCGAGGGCAUGAAAGGACAUUGUUUGCUUCGGCUGAUGAAUUUCCAAGAGCACCUCAGUGGCUAUUCAUCUCAAGCCAAAGACAAGGAUAUUGCACACUGGCAGGAAUUUGUGCACCGCUUCUUUUCUCCUAGGGGUAUAUACCGGACAAAUGUUCGCAAUAAAGCCGACACGGAGGCUUCGGGGGACAAGCAGGUUGAGAUGAACUUCCCGGCCAUCCCGCACUACUUCCAGGCCAGCGGUGCGUCCAAGAUAGAACUGCAGCUCGGCCAAGGCACGACAGACAAGCCAUUGCCGGGUGACUGCCAUUUCAUCGAGAACAGCAACGCCAGUGUCACAAUGUGGUUCGAGACAUCACAUGUCGUUCACCUUGGCAACCUCCGUCUUCAGUUUGACGCCGAACAGAAAAUCGACUUGUUUGAAUUUGUUUCGACAGAUCACGAUGAGUACGUCUCGAGGACUGUGGUCGUCGAUGGCGCGAAGCCCAACCAUCAGUGGAUCAAGGAAUGGCGCACGGUCAACUCGGAAAGCUCACAAGCCUCGCCUGAAAUGAGCAAGAAGAGCAAGCCCCGGCCGAAGAAGAGCCCUCAGAAUCCACCCCCAGACCUCGACAUCCCCCAUUCCGCCGUCAAGCACGGUGUAGGAAUCACGGAGCAGCAAUUUCAAUUCCUAGAGAUUGUCGAGGUCAUGGGGACAAUGAACCCCCUGUUCCAAGCUGCCCAUCAGCAUCCGACCAUGGGUGCGUACCAGGUCUUGGACGAUUAUGUUUCAAACCAGAUCCCUCAGGCUGGUGCACCAGCCAUGAACGGCCAGGUCAUGCCAAAUGGUCCGCGCACUCCAAGCUUCGGCCAGUUCCCGAUGGGCGCGAGCCCUCACGCCGCCCAUCUCCAGCUUCCAGGCUCACCCCACGUCGGCAGUCCCGCCGCAGGAGCAAUGCAGGCGCCCGCCAUGGCAAUGCAACACAGCCAGCAGGGGAGCAGCUCGAACGCUAGCGCUACUACAUCACCAGCCGGCCAGAAAAGAAGACGCCCCUCUGCUGUGAAGGUCGAGGAAGACGCCUCCGGGAACGCGCCUACGCCAUCAGCUGCUGGUGGCGUUCCUCAGGUCAAUGGAGUUACCGGCAAUAAGACGAAGCCUCCAACGCCCCGGAUGCAGAAGCGAAUGAAGGGCAAUCCAGCAUAAAGCUGCCGGAUGGCCCAUCACGAGUGGCCUAAAUCAAGGUAGAACGGGUGACAGGCUUCAGGGUUCCUGCGCAUCCUCUUCCGCCGGCGUUUGGAUCCUUACCAAGCAUGGUGGCGGCUUUUUCAGUUUCAUGACCGGCGUUCAAUAAUACCACGUCUUUUACUUAAUCAGCGGUAUUCUCCGCCAGGACCCGGUUCGAAGCACCCAUAGGAAACGGCAAAGCUGAUAGAUCACGCGCUGGACCAGUCAACCAAAGCUUCGACUCGAGUGUUGGGAUAGUCUCAGAUGACUUAUCCAAUAAGCAUCGCGGCGCUUACAAUCUAGCUCUAGCAUCAUGCAACGACUCGGAGCCUCGCAAAGAGCGAGCGAAGGCUAACGCGGACCUAGAAAGGUUGAGACUUUCCUACCUCCCUCCAAUCCGGCGGCAGGAAGCCCAUGCAACCCGCCGAGACGCACCAAGAGGGCCCGAGUGUGAGCCAUGAUGGUUGUGAUGAGCUUUGCUGUCAUAAUCUGGGAAACGAACUGAAACGCAAGGGCGCCAAUGCAACUGGAAUGAUAAUGAAAGACCGGGUGUUCAUCGAGAGAGCCCCAGCACGCCGCAACUUGUACGAUUACCUCUGGGGGGGUUUACUGCUUUCGUGGCGUUUAUCGGUGUCAUAUAACCCCAAUUGCUUGUUUGCGGUGCAUACUCAUCAACAGGAGAAAAUAAUCUGUGUUUUAUUCUGACUUUUUGGACAGCUAGUCCCGUUUUUGACCGGGUGAUGAAGAAAGAGAGGGGCCUGAGAUGAGCAGCAGGCGGAGACCACUAGGUCUCCCGAAAAGCAAGUCACGGUCGCUGGUGUUAACGGAAAUCCUGGGUAGGCUAUUGGGAUCCGUGGGGUAUCUUUUUCGUUUUCAUACCUGGGUUGCUCUCUACUUGUUCACGGCUCGGCGUCGGUAUUGGGUUGUUGGUAGCAAAUGAUGUCCUAAGUAAAGUAGUAGCUACUGGACGAGGCUCGUUCUCAUCAGAGCCAUGGAAAGAAACGCAAUCAUACCCGUUAAAAUAACAA